AGUUCGUCACUGUUCAGCUACUGCUUGAAAGGCUGUGUUGACAACGGCAUCUUGGACUCUCGGACGCACGACAAACUUGCAAGUCAGUUGCUUCCACGAUUCUCCACCCAAGUUGCACUUUUAAAGAAUUUGCACGCAAGCGAGGCUGGAAGCUCAGAUGAGAUCUUGGAGACGAGGCGGUUCUUCAGUCCACUUCAGUACAGUAGCGAGCGAGUGAGGCGUCCCCCAGGUAGGGGUAGGUGGGGUAUCCGGGAUCCGACGAGCAUGAGGCCGCGGCUGGUGCUCUUCGGCGACUCCAUCACCGAGCUGUCCUUCGCCGACGGCGGCUGGGGCGCCGCCCUGGCCGACCACUUCGCCCGCAAGGCGGACGUGGUGCUGCGCGGGUUCAGCGGGUACAACACGCGAUGGGCGCUGCGGGUGCUGGCGAGGGCCAUGGAGGGCGCCGCCGCCGGGGCCGGGGGGUCGGACCCGGCGGCCGUCACGGUGUUCUUCGGCGCCAACGACGCCUCGCUGCCGGAUCGGAAGCAGGUGCACCAGCACGUGCCGCUGGAGGAGUACCGGAGCAACCUCCGCGCCAUCUGCGCCUACUUCAAGGAGCAAUGGCCAUCCACCAAGAUUAUACUCAUCACGCCUCCACCAAUCUAUGAACCAGCGAGAAUUCGGGACAUGUAUGGAGAAGAUGACCCUUCAAAACUACCGGAAAGAACCAAUGAAGCUGCUGGCGCUUAUGCACAGGCAUGCCUGACAGUUGCUAAAGAACUGAAUCUUCCAGCCAUAGACAUCUGGACAAAGAUGCAGCAAUUUCCUGACUGGCAAACAUCUGCAUUGUGCGAUGGACUGCACUUCACCCUGUUCGGAAACAAAAUUUUGUUUGACUGCGUGCUGGAGACCCUAGAAAGCAUUGGUUUCAGCCAAGGAAGUCUCCAACCAGAUCUUCCUCUCUUCCAUGAUAUUGAUCCCAAGAACCCUUUGAAAGCCUUUGAAAUCUGAAGAAGGUUCCGGGCUUCCGGCACGGUUUAAUCCAUCAUGAGACACCUUAUGCCACCGUGCAUGGUUUGCCAGUAUGUGCUUGAAUUAUCAUUUAGAAGAUGGUUUGUAUUUUAUACAUUUGAACAUUAUUAAUGGUUUGUAUUCUCAUAUACUCUAUCCCAAAAUAAUAUCAUUUUUGCCUCAUUUUGUUUGUCUAUAAUAAGUCUAACUUUAAGCAAUUAUUGUAUUAGAGUUCGUAAAAGUAUGAAUAAGUGCAUUGAAACUAGAUAAAGCGAGGGAUGGUGCAUUGUU